AUGAUCAUUGAGACUACCCCUAAAAACUCAUCAAUUUUUUGCUCACAGCUGCUUUAUAUCGAGGAAAAGCCAAUAAAAAAGCACCGAGAUCACGAUUAUUUAAUGCGUCUUCUUCCAGAAGUUAUUCUUGAAGAGAGUUCGAUAAUGGUGAAUCCUCCAGCAGACCCCACUUGCACUAAAUUAAGUAGAGAAGAAGAAUACACCCAUUUACUAGAGCUCGAAAAAAUCAAAGAUAGCACAGAGCUCUACCUAGUUGAGUCAGGCUGAAUCAAAGAAUGAGCAAGAUAUAUAAACGGCAACAAAUUGCCAGGAAAAAUCAAAACUAAAAAAUUGCUAGACAUUGAAGGAAAAAUUAAAAAAGGCUUAAAACUUAAAGUCGACUACAGGAUUCUUAAUAAAGCUCAAUGGCUCUUCUUAAAAGACCGAUAUGGAGCAGAAAUGCCAGCUAGAUAUGAAGAGUUAUCUAUAGCCAGUCAUAAAAGACACAACUCCCAAGUCCUCUCAACAAAUAAUAAAUUUACAGAAGAAAUCUCAAAAACCGCCCACGAUAAUUUAAAUAAAUCCUUUGAUUUUACAACUGACCCUUAUAUGGAUCCUAAAGAGUCAACAUACACAAGCCCAUCGAAAUCUAAAGUUGACCCAGAGGAAGAAGUCCAGGUCGUCACUUUGAUGGACGAAAACAUUGAAGCUUCGCAUUCUGAUACAAUAUCAUCAACAGGUGAAAAUUCUAGCUUGCAUAUUGGACAUCCUCAUGCUUUUAAUGCUCCCACAUUGCGAAGAGGAAAAGUUGGAUUGGAAAAUCCUGGGUUUUUUUGUUAUAUGAAUGCAGGUAUGCAGUGCUUAAUGAGCAUUGUGCCUUUUAGAGACUAUUUUUACCAAAUAGAGUUUUCGACAAAUAAAUUUGUAUAUGCUGAGCUUGUCAGUGAAUUGACUAAAUCAAUUUUUAGAUUAAAUAAAGGAGUUGUUAGGCCUGUUAGACUUUGGAAGUAUAUUAGCCAACAUUUUUCUCCAGGAAAACAGCAUGACUUGCCUGAGUUUAUAAGAUUCACUAUUAAUAGACUAGAAAGAGAGCUUCCUGAAAAUGUGCUUGCCAGAGAUAUUUUUAAUGGCGUCACUAGCAGUUAUCUAAAAUGCAAUUCAUGUGGGUAUACUUCAAUUACUAUCUCCUGUUUGAUAAAAUUGCCUAUUAAAUUACAAUUAAAAUAAUUAUUUUUUUAAAAUUUAAUUAUUGGACGUUUGAAAGUAAGGAACCUUUUAUUGAUGUCCAAUUAGAACUUAACUCUUCCAUUAUAAAAAGCAUCCAAAGCUACACAAAAGACGAAAGUGUCUGCAUUUUCUGCGAAGGCUGCAACUCAAGAGUAAACGCCACAAAAAAACUUAUGUUUUCAAAAGCCCCAACCGCUUUAAUUAUCCAAUUGAAGCGGUUCAGAUCCUUAGGUGGAUCACAAAAAUUAGAUUUCCCGUGCAAAUUUCACAAGUUUUUGGAUUUAAGUCCAUUUUGUGAAGAAAAAGCAGACUACAAACUUGUGGGAGCCGCUGUGCACUACGGAUCAAUUUUAUCAGGACAUUAUGUUUCGUACUGUAAGAGAGGGAAUUUUUGGUAUGAAUUUGAUGACGCUAUAUGCUCUAAAACAAGCUUAAAAGAAGUCUUGGCAAAAAACCCUUAUGUCAUUGUUUAUAAAAAAUGCUAA